GACAGUUGGUGUGUGCAUUUAGUUCUCAGCAGAUGCCAAGAUGAGUGCCAGUCAAGGUCUCUACCACUUUUCUUCUGGAUCUCUCCGGGGUGCUGCUGGAGGAUGCAGCUUUGCACCUGCUGGAGGUUACUACUAUCACCGACCAUCAAGUUUACAUGGUGGAAGCAGCAGCACCCGCAUCCCCAUGUCCUUUGGCAGACCCCUCUGGCUUGCCUCAGAUGCUGGGGCAGGGUGGAGUGGCUUUGGUGGAAGCCAUGGAGACCUCUUCAUGGGGAGGAAUGAGAAGCAGACCAUGCAGGAAUUGAACGACCGUUUGGCUGCCUACUUGGAGAAGGUGCACUCCUUGGAAAAGGCCAACAGUCAGCUGGAAGGAUGCAUUCGGGAGUGGCAUGAAAAGAGGUCUCAAGGCAUGAAGCAUGACUUCACGGAUUACGAGCAGAACAUCUUAGACAUGCACGAGCGGAUUGAGACUGGACGGGUUAACAAUGCAGGCAUUGUUCUACAAAUUGACAAUGCUAAGAUGGCAACUGAAGACUUCAGGCUCAAAUAUGAGUCAGAAAAAGCUCUUCGGCAAAGUGUGCAGGAUGAUGUUGAGAAUAUUCGUAAAGAACUUGACAACAUGACAAUCAUAAUAACUGACCUGGAAAUGGAAAUUGAAGCUUUGAGGGAAGAUCACAUACUCAAGAAGAAAGAACAUGAGAAGGAUAUGGAAGCCUAUGGUGCAUCCAAGGAUGUCAAGGUGAAUGUGAAAGUGAACACAGCUCCACAAGAAGACCUGGCCAAGAUCCUGGCAGGGAUACGAGCAGAUUAUGAAGCAAUUAUUGAAAAGAACCGCCAAAGCCUUGAUGCCUGGUUCCAACAGCAGAUAGCAAAUGAAUCUUUGGAAGAAAAGCCCAAGCAGGAAGAACUACAAAGCAACCAGAAAGAAAUUGGUGAGCUGAACCGCACACUGCAAAACCUUGAAAUUGAUUUGCAGACACACCUCAACAAGAAAUUUUCCCUAGAAAACAACUUGGAUGAAACCAGGUCUUACUACGCUUUCCAGCUUCAAAGCAUCCAGAACGUAAUCUCUCAAUGUGAAGAAGAGCUUAGCAAGUUUCGCCAUGACAUCAAGUGUCAAAAUAAUCAAUACAAGGUUCUCCUUGGAAUAAAAACUCGCCUGGAGACAGAGAUUUCUACUUAUCGCCAGCUUCUGGAUGGAAAGGGGAUGACAAGCUCCACUUCAAGCUUGAAAGAAUCUGGAUCAACCAACCAGAACCUUAGGAAGAUUGUACAGGAGAGUGUGAAUGGACAGGUAGUCUCCACACAUACCGCUGAGAUUAAAAGGCAGAUGUGAGCUCACUGUCCAAAGAAAAAAAGCACUUCUAUACAGAAAAUCCGAUGGAAGCCCAAUUAUUUAAGAAAAAGAGCUCCAUUCCCUGCUGGCAUCUUUUUGGGGCUUCGAAUCCGUUUUCCUCAGUCUCAUGUGCUGCUAUUCAAACUGCUUCUAAUUUAAUUUAAACAUGAAUGCAAACAAUUUACUAUCUUCUCUUAGCUCCUCUUACUUUAAAAACCAAAGAUAAAUAAAAAUAUAAUUAAAUUAUUCUAGUGUCUCUCAACUGAAGUUAAGCUUGACAACCAGUCAGCAAA